AUGAGCGAACCAGCAGCUGAGACUCCAGCACAGCCCAAGGCUCCAGCCCAGGCUAAACCGGCAGCCGAGCCAGAGAACAAGGCCCUUUCCAACAAAGAAUUGAAGGAGUUGAAGAAGAAAGAGAAGGCUGCCAAAAGAGCUGCCCAGAAAGAAGCAGCUGGUAUUUCUCCAGAACAGCAAGAACAAAUGGCCCAGCAGAAGAUGGAAAAGAAGAAACUGCUGGCCACAAACACAAACCUCAAAAAACAAUUGAGCCAGGCUGUCGUGAAAGACCAGAGCAUGAAGAUUCCAGCCCUCUUUAGUCAUUUGGAAACCAGAGAACAGCGUAAUGCUUCUUCUCCAACGGUUUCUCAUAUCGUGCAUCCUUCAAUUUUGACGCUAAGCUUGCAUUUUGCUAACCACAAGAUCGUGGGCUCCACUGCCAGGUUGAGAAGCAUGUUGGAGGUCUUCAAGACGGUGAUCCAGGACUAUAAGACGCCUGAGAACACGACCUUGACUCGUCAUUUGACUGGUCAUCUUUCUCAUCAGAUUGAGUACCUCAAGAGUUCCAGACCGUUGAGUAUGUCUAUGGGUAAUGCCAUCAGGUGGUUGAAGCAGGAGAUUUCACUUAUAUCCAUCGAUACUCCUGAGAAGGAAGCUAAAGAGAUCUUGAGCGGACGUAUUGACGAUUUCAUCAGAGAGAAGCUUGAGUUGUCUGAUCAGCUUAUUGUCGAGAAUGCUUCUCAGCAUAUCAGUAAUGGCUCCACGGUUUUGACCUUUGGUCAUUCUGAGGUUUUGCUCAAGUUGUUCCAAUACUGUGCUUUGGAACAGGAAAAGAGCUUCAAUUUGGUCAUUGUUGACUCUAGACCUUUGUUUGAAGGUAAGAAAUUGCUCACAGAAUUGGUUAACACCAAGAUACCCAAUGACUCAUCUAGAACAGACCUUGACGCUGACCUGGAGACAAGCUCUGUCAUUGCCAGACGUUCUGCUCCACAAACUCCAAUUACCAAGGACAGAAUCAAGGUUAAUUACGUCCUUAUAAACUCUUUGCUGUCUACCAUCUUUGAGGAUGUCGACUGUGUCUUCUUGGGAGCUCACGCCAUGCUUUCUAACGGUCACUUGUACUCUCGUGUUGGUACUGCAAUGGUGGCCAUGAUGGCACACAGAAGAAACAUUCCUGUCUUGACUUGUUGUGAGUCUAUUAAGUUUUCCGACAGAGUCCAGCUAGACUCUGUGACCACUAACGAGUUGGCUGAUCCAGAAGAUUUGGUCAAGGACUCCAGCCGUAAGCAGCCCCCUCAGCAGGGCUCUUUGGCUUUGGAGCAGUUCCUCAAGGAGGUUGAACAAAUUGAGCAUGAGAAGAAAUCAAAGGCUGGAAAGAAGGACAAGGAGCCUCCAAAAGAUAUUCUGCUCGAGAACAAAUCCCCACUUGCAGACUGGAAGUCUAUUCCAUCGCUCAAUCUUCUUAAUAUCAUGUACGACUUGACGCCGCCAUCCUACAUCAACAAAGUCGUCACAGAGUUGGGCUCUUUACCACCGCUGUCUGUGCCUGUCAUUUUGAGGGAGUACAAGAGUGGUUGA